AUGACCAACUCCUCCACCAGCCAGUGGAUCCUGCUCCUGUCCCUCACCGCCCUUCUCCUCUCCCUCGCCGUCCUCUCGCAGAUAGCCUCGCGCUACGCAACGGCAUACCUCGCUGCCCCGCGCGAGAUCUCGAGCUUCAUCGACGCCGUCGACUCCUCCGUCGCCGAGAACGAGUCCUACGACCGCGACGUCGCAAAGGUGCCCCGCCUGGAGGACAAGCUCCGCCUCGGCCGCCUCCUCCGCGAGAUCCAGAAGGGCGGCGACGACCUGAGGGAGGGGCUCAACGAUCUGCUGGUGGGCGGCGGCGAUGGCGCCGACGGCGACGACGGAAGCAGCGACGAGGGUGGCCGCCUGCGGACCGCGGCCAGGAUACUCUGGGCGGGCAAGAGAGUCGAGCUGGAGGAGCGGCUGCGCCGGCUGGACCUGCUGAGGAUGCGCUUCCUGGUCAUCUAUAUGGGAAUCGUCGCAGGCACGGCCACAGAGGCGGCAGCCAAGCAGCAGCAGCAGCAGCAGCAGCAGCAGCAGCAGCAGGCCACCCCGAAGGAUCCGGAGAAGGCCGCCGCGGCCCGCCGCGAGCCCGGACACCUUUCGCAGUCCCUGACCGACGGCAUCAUCAGGGAGAAACCCCCGUUGCGACGGCUGACGACCCUGGCGAUUGGGCACGGGGAUUCCGUUGAGACACCGCACAGGGUGGGCUGGGCGGGCGUCGUUAAGGAGCUUCAGAGGAGUCCCUUGCUACACAAGCGGCAUGCGAGCAUCGAGACGGCCAUGUCGCGAACCCCGUAA